GACAUAAGACACAGUUGUAUUGUCCUCAGAAAAAUGCUUAUUGCACUUGCAAGAUAAAAAUUGUUUUAAUGAUAUUAUUUUGCCUAAGAGGUCAUGAUAUUGAAGUGGAGUAGUCCUCUUGUCCUCAGUCACAACUAGAUCGUAAUUGCCUGGCAUUUCGUGAUAAUGAGGUUGCUUAGCCUUCUUGCCACUAUUGGCAAUCCUAUCUGUUCGAUAAAAUGUUUUACAAACAUGAAUCUAAAUUCCGCUGUAUGGUAAAAUUACCCCGCUGCUCGAAGGAGUCAAUAUUUUCCGAUAGCGACUUGUUGUAGGAGUCAAAUAUUUUCGGAUGUCGACUUGUGGCUCCUGGUGCCGGUACUCAGUGAUUUCCAAGACCUGCGCUGUGCUACCCUGUCCAUUGUUCUCUUGCCCAUAUAUGGGCAUUAGUAAGCAGCCCGUUUGGCUAGUGGUAAAAGUCUUCAAUUGUUAAGGAGAGGAUUGAAAGCCACUGCUUCACCGGCAUGUCCCCCGCGAUGACAAGCGAGAAAUUGAAAAUGGUACACUGACCUUGGGGAAACAGAAACUAUGAUAUUUUAUUCGGGGAUAUCGUUAGAUUUUGGACUUAAAGCUGAAUUGAUAGGAAAAUGGGCUUUCUCUCCGACAGAAUUCUAGACGGGGGAAAAAAAGGGAAGAAAUAUUGAGCAAUUAAUUUCUUCCUGGAGUAUGCCUCAUAGAGGUCCUGGUGGGGUGAACCAGCUCGGAGGUGUAUUCGUCAAUGGCCGACCACUUCCCGACUACAUGCGCCAUCGCAUCGUAGAGCUCGCUCAUUGCGGCGUCCGACCCUCGGAGAUCUCUCGGCAGCUCCUCGUGUCCCAUGGAUGCGUCAGUAAGAUCCUCGGCAGGUAUUAUGAAACAGGUUCGGUGCGGCCCGGCGCUAUCGGCGGCAGCAAGCCGAAGGUUGCCACACCCAAGGUGGUGUCUAAGAUCUUGGAGUACAAAGACAAAAAUCCUUGCAUCUUCGCCUGGGAAAUCAGGAACAAUCUGCUGGCGGACGGCGUCUGCGAUAAAACGAACGUCCCCAGCGUCAGCUCAAUCAACAGAAUACUCAGAAACUCGGCGGCCGAGAAAGAGGCGAGAGCGGUACACGAGCAAGUGAAACAUGUACAACACCUUCAGCAACAAAUAGCGCUACAACCACAACUAAACGGCUACCCGUCCCAGAUCAACUUCAGCUUCCCCCAAACAGCAGCUGUAACCCUACCACAACAAAUCCAACACCCAACUCAACUCUCUCAACAACCACAACAACCCGAUCCUCCCCCCACACACAAGCCACAUUCUGCACCUCCGCCACCCGUGAAAACUCCACAAGAAAUCGUCACCCCUACAGCGCACGCAGGGAAGUCACCAAUGGAGAAUGGACACAAACCAGACGACCUGAGCAUCAAAUCCGAACUUGAGACCUCCCACGACAAGUCACAGGCAAAUAGAUCAAUUGACGAAGACCGGAAACGGAAGUCGGACGAGUUGGUCAGUGUUAAAGGCGACUCAGAGGAGGAAGGACUAGAAAACGUGGAAAAUACGGACGUGAACGGUAACGAGGGCCCAGAAGCGAAAAAGCGGAAGGUGAUUUACCAGGAGAACAGUGGACUUGCACAGAAUGUAGACGCAAAAUCCGAGACAGUCAGUCCCGUCUACACGCGAGUAAGUCCCACAUGGAUCAAGUACAACUCAGUUAUACCUAGCGGCUUUGCCAUCGCAGGGGGAAUAAAUGGGCUUGGGCCCAUCACGGAUAUGAACGGGAUCAACAUGAACGGGUUCAACGGGAUCCCGAAUGGGAUCGGCACCGUGAACGCGAUCCCAAACUCCAUGGCGGCCCAGAUGAACGGAAUCGCAGGAAUGAAUGGAAUCGGGAAUGGAAUGGGGAAUGGUAUAGGGAUCAUGAAUGGCAACAUGAAUGGGAUGGCUGGGAUAAGCGCGCUUGCAAAUCUUAGCUGUCAGGCAAUGAACGGAUUCAACGGCUUAAAUGGAAUGAACGGGAUUCAUCAGAUCAACGGGCAAGUGGGCAACACAGGUUACCCGCAUAGCAUAGAGCACGACAGAGCGGUCAACCAGAACCAAAUGAACACGCAAAACGGUCACACUGAAAACCUGCAGUGGUCUCCGUCGUAUCCGGUGGUGUGCAUUUCCGAUUCCUCUAAUUCCACCGGGAUGACACAGACCAAUGGGCUUAACAGGCAGGAGCAUUACCAGCCACACCACAUAACUUUCCAAUUUGCCGGCGCGCCGAGACCGGAAAUACAUACCACUAACGGAAAUACCACCACCACUUCCGUUUUCGCACCAAUUACUACAAGUGGUCCAAGAAUCUCCACACUUCCGGUAGGCAGCCACCUGACCAAUGGGGUCCAAACGAUGCAGUUCACUCGACCAAUGACGACAGAAUUCACGCAGCCAAUAAUGAAGCUUGUAGCGCCCGCGACAUUUUUACCGCUGAGACCCUCAAUGUCCGCCCUUGAUACACUGACCCAGGGCUGAGUAACCAGGCACGAUGGUCUCCACAGGGUACCCAAGGUUAUGCGCGGAAUGUUAACAUAUCCUCUACUGAAAAAUUCGUAGGUAUUCUACUGAAUCCUACUGAAAAGUAUUGGCUUAAUAUCACGUGUUAAUCUCAUAGGGAAUGUCGUCCUAUGGAAAUAAACCAUUUAAAUCAACCACUUUAUAGUGGUUAAAGAUCAAGGAAAAUUAAUACAACGAUUAAUCUAAUCAAUUUAAGAAUUCAUUAUUGACGAGGAUUUAUGAUUGUAAAUCUGAACAAUCAAUCAUUGCAAAUCUUACCAAAAGUAGUUAACCCAAAUAUGUAGAAUAUUUCUAGCAAAUCCAGAGUAGGCUAUUCCUACCUUAACUUGUAUUUAUCAAAUCGUGUAUUUAUGUUAAUAUCUUAUUAUACCCGACUCGUGAUUUUGCAUCAUUUGAAUAAGCUUAAUAUUAUAAUAGCAUUGUUAUAUAAAACACCUGUAGAGUUGUGUUGAAAACCAUUUUUAUUCAAAACCAAGCUUUAGCGAUUAUGUUAGCUAAUCUGAAUGAUGAAUGGCUUCAAAUAAGCGCAAUUGCUGAUGGUGAAGGCCGUUGACUAUUAGAUUGAUUUCAAUAUAAACAGAGGCACUCUAUAUCACAAGGAAUCGUGUAUUACGUUGUUUGAUCCUCGGUAACAGUAACCAGAGUAACCGUAUUCGACCAUCGCCUCUGGCGUAAAACAUUGCGGACUUAGUAUUAAAUUAUGCGUAAGAUUUAAAGAAAACAAAGUCUGUCACUUCAGACUCGUUAUAGUAGAACGGUAGAAUUGCGAGUUAGUUACCUUCGCAAUCUAUUUUCUUAUUAGUUAUUUGUUCAGUGAUAAGCUACUUGUUUGAUCGAGUUGAGUUUGAUCGCAAAACGCAAUACCAUUAACAUUUUUUCUAGAACAAAUGUAUAAAAGGUAUAACCAAAAUAUGAUGAUUAUUCGCAUUGUAAAGUCUGAAAAGAGUCGCGCGAUUUAUCAUAAUUGUUUUCUCGUUUACAAAAAGGUUACGGGCUCAGAUCGGUGCUCCAUCUUCCGUUAUAUUUUAAAUGUAAAAUUAGUUUUAAAAAGUCUAAAAUGGCGUUUAUCGUGCUUUACUAUCCAACUUUUCAUCGAUUUGUUAACAAUAUCGCUCCAUGCCCAUAUUACUAUGGUGAUGUAUUCACUCGCGGUGGAAUCUCUAUAUAAAAAACUAUUGUAUCUAUUCAUACGCUUAAAAAGAAUUUAUUUUUCCAUACUAUAACAAUAACGCAUAAAUCCCAAACUACUUUGCUUGAUAAGGGGCAGCUUGUAUUCAAGGUUUAAAUUUGCGAAGUUUUGACUACAAACACAAUAUUAACUUUUUUCUAUACUCGAUAUUCCAAUGACAAGCACCAUACCCCUUUAAAAAUCUUUAUGCCGCUUUUGAUCGAUAAAAAUGGCAAUCUAAAAAAAAACGCGGCAUUUGGAUUCGUAGUUUUAGAUGAAAAUUAGCGCCUGUAUCCGAAUGUUUGUAGUCAAAAUCAAUGUAUGUAAAUGACAAGUGAAAUAUUUCUUGUACCCUGCUAUCAACAAAUGAAAUAAACCAGAUUAUGCGAA